AUGUAUUCAUCCCGGCCUCCGUCAGACCUGGCGCGUAACGUUCCGCACGAUAUCGGGUCCGAGCGUCCACGCUCGUCGUGGGAGUCGCCGUAUCAACACCAACCUCGAAAUUUCCAGCAAGCCCCGCAGCGCUCACCGAUCAUGCUUGACACGAUGGAUCCCGAGUCUUCCGACAGCGAUGUCUCUGUGAGUGCGAGUGAGGAAUAUCGACACACCGGUCCCUUGACUGCCCCGAUUCCCCUGCCGCCACCAGCAUCAAAGCACGCCCUGGAAUCGUCCGAUGCCGUUCAAGCACGUCUCGAUGAACUGCAGCGCGUCGAGGACCAUAACGUCAAGAAAUAUGACCUGCUCAGGGCCAAGCGCGCGCGUAAAGACGAGAAAAUCCGUCGUAGGCGGGAGUACCAGGACAAGAAAUGGUCUCUCAUCAUGGAAGCGCGUCAACGCAGAGACGCCCGGAUCGAGGCGCGCCGACGGAGAGAAGACGCGGCAUUUGCACAAUUUUUUGAUCGUGAUCUGGAGGAUGAAGAAAGUAAUCUCCGGCGCCGGCUGAAGCGACUCAAACGUGGACUGCCACCAGACGACUCACCGGCGCCCGGCGGCCGGAGUAUAUCAUCAUCGUCAAUGUCGCCACCAGGUCCCGCGCUCUCGACACUUCCUCCGCCCCCUAAGCGUCAUCAAGUUGGCCCUCCAGGUCAGCCUGACGCCAUCAAUCCGGUGCAGUCGAGACCUCCGCCACAGUCAAAUCUCCCAGCCCCUGCGAAGACUACACUGCCUGCUCCCUCGUACACCUUCUAUCGCGACUCGCCUCCCACCUACUCGCGUGUGUAUCACCACUCUCCUUACUCGACCACACCGAGCAAUGCUUCCCCGACCAUGACGACGAACGGGUCAGGCCAUGGCCCCCCACCCUCUGCCGAUCGGCCGCCACAACUGAACCAUCUAGGACGGCCACCUUCUCCUCUCCCACGGUCCGUCCCGAGUACUCAGUCACCUGUAACACCGGCGACAAACCCCAAUCCACCGAGACAGAUGUAUGAUACGCGGCCACCACCCGCUACCACGUCCUCGGGAUUCGCUUCGAUCAAUGCUCCACCGACCUCGGGAUUUGCUACCAUCAACGCAAGAACGGCCGCACCUCCACCGACCUCACACGUCCCCAACCCCAGACCGCUGAGCGAUACGGAUCUCCGCGGGACACCCCAUCAGCCGACCAACAAUGGAGUCGAGCCCAAUCAUUUCCAUUCGUACCCAAGCGCCCCAAAUUCGUCCAGCUCCACGGCGCCGACAGGGAGUGGCAAACGUACCCCGUCAACGACGCAUCCAUACCAGAUGUCCGAGGCAUUUGCGAACCGACACCACCACUGCGAAAGAGUCGACACCUUGAACCGUGGUAUCUGGACGUCUCAUGGUCCAGGAGGCACGGCAGAGCAUCCCACAGGACCUGCAGUCGAGAUGUACCUGCGGUGCAAUCACGAUGGAUGUUCGCGUAUCGAUUGGCGCACCGUGCACGGUCUGCAAUGCCACAUUGUCAAGAACCAUGAUCAGCCCAAGGGCACCAUCGGUAGUCUCGACAAGGCUCUCGAGAGAUACGGCGUCCCGGUCAAAGAAGUCGAAGACUUCGAAUCCCAGCACGGCAGAGGCACUGCGGGGACAAUGGCAGACCCCAAAAACUUGAAGAUGAAGCUCAAGACUAAGGUCCAGAGUUUUGGCAGAGUCGUCUCUUCGGGCGCUCCGGGCGUCGACCCUGAGGCGAGACCGGCUGGCUACCGACCCAGUCCGGCUGCAACCGACGACAGUCCCACCAUGUCAGAUGGCCUGAAAAGAAGUCCAGACACCCCCAUCACCAACGGCCUUUCCAACCGUGCCGUGAGCAACGAGAAUGGACGACGAUCUGCGUCUCAAACAGCAGCCGGCUCUCCUGCAAUGACGCAUACGACCAUUCGACCCGGCUGGAUGGGUGUGAAUGUGCCGCCGUCGACGCCGGCCCCCGCUGAACCAGAACCGAAAAGUCUGCAGGGAGACUUCAGUUCGGCUGAAGCUCCCAGCAACCGGGACACGACCAACUCUCAACCUGCACCGCCACCAUCGAGGGAACCCAUCCCUACGCCUCCCUCCAACAUCAAGACUGCUCCUUUGCGACCGGAAUCUCGAGACACGAUGGCAAUCGGUGGGGCUGUGGCCACUGGGCCCGACCUGCAGUCCUCUGCCGCACCGGUCGCGCCUGAACCGCUGAACUCUUCAACCCAAACGCGGCCAGCUGCCGAAGUCAAGAGAGAAUCGGAAAAGCAAGAGGCCCAAGCAAAGGACGAGGAUGUCCAGAUGACGGGAACAGAGGAGGACCACCAAGCGAAGUCAGAUGAGAUUCGAGUCAAUGGUACAAGCAAUGUCGAGAAGAGUACAGCACCUGAAAAGCCAGCACAGGGAACAGAUUCGGCAGGAGAACAGAUCGACACGGUCGAGACAGAGGCGAGUGGCACGAAGGAGGUCGGCAUAGUCACGAUGCGGCGAUCCACCAUGCAAUCUCCCACCAUCACAACGAGGUCUCUCACUGCCACGACACCUGGCAGCGGACGACGACCCAGUCGACGAUCCAGUGCUGCGAGGAAAUCCGUCGACGUCGACGGGGAAACGGGCCGACCCGUCCAGAACGAAAACGAUGAUAAAGAAAAGGAAGACAAAGAUGUCAAGGACGAAAAAGUGGAGAAGGAGAAUACUCGGCUGGAGCCUCGGCGGUCAUUGACGGGGCGGGUCCUGCGAAGGGGGAGGUUUUAG